AUGGAAAGCAUUCCGAAGUUUCAUCCUGCCAAUCACGAAAUGCAGAAGAUUGGCGCAUACUGUAGACUCGCGUUCGAUUCGUGCACCGAGUCAAACUUUGCCCGUGGAACUGAAUCGAGCGAUCACACCUUUGAGGCGCCUCCCGCCGCCCACGCCGGAACAGCAGAUCAGGGCCUCAAGCGUGUCGUUGAGGAUGACAUGUCCGUCGUGGAAGACCUGAGUUUACCGGAAUUCUCAGUGUUGGUCAUGGAUGAGCAGCAAGAUAUGACACCGAUUUUGAAGCGAUUUGUCGACAAAGUCAUCCGUGAUAAGGGUUUCAUCGGGUUUGACCGUGUACCUAAUGAUCGAACAAAUAAGAUGAGGGUAGUGGUCCUCGGCGACAAGAGACAGGAAGUCUACUCUUUCAACAAUGCCGACUCUCGAUUUCUAACCAUGGCUGCUCGCUCGGAGGUGUUCGGAUAUGUCAAUAACAACAAAUGGAAAGCGGCUGGGCAGACAACAUCCAACAGGGUCACCCAGCAAAAUGUUGACUUUAUCAACCAGCAGAUGCUCAAACAGCCUCCCGGAAUGGCCAUGCGUGCUGCCAGGAAGCAGAGCCAAGAUAACAACCCCUAUCCUAAACCGCGUUACGUCAUAUGUGACCCGUAUGAGGAUAUUUUGAACGAGGUGGUGCGGCUACUGGAUUCAUGCGGGCUUUCCCCAAGCGACAUCAUUGUCCUGGCUCCAUCGGUUCGGGGAGCAUCUCCGGCCAUCUACUUGGCCAAUGAUCUCGCACUCAGGGGGAUACCGGUGUUCAGGUCAGACUCGGAUGUAUCUGAUGUUUCCCCCGAAGUCGCCUCAGGAAAGGUCUUGAUCUGCACGUAUCACCAAGCAAAGGGGAUAGAACGCAAAGCAUCUAUCGUACUAGGCUUUGAUCAGAGCUAUCACACAUGGUUUGAUAAAACAGUAGAUGCUCGGACAGCAGUCAGCAACCCACAAAGAGCAGCACUUCCAUUUGUUGAUUUAGACAAAGUUGGCGAAACCUGCGAGUUGCUCAUGAUACGUCCCCUACGGAUGGAGCCACCAACGCCAAAAAGGCGAUUACCAGCCUUCAGCGUUACUGCGCUCUGUAGGAACCUUUCAGAGACCCUGGUCACCGAUUGCGUGCGCCGGCUCGACUUUAGGCUGCUGGCUGCUCCCGCCUACGGUGUUGCACCUCCUCCAUCUGUUGUUCGGGAUCAAUCCGGGCUCCUCGAAGGAGUGUCAAAUGUCACAGGGACUGCAGUCCCAGCCAUCUUUCAGUGGCGGCAGAGAAGGAGGACAAGCAUCAUAUCUGGCCCACUGAAAUUGCUCCAACCGCCUAAGCGCCAAACCCGGAGACAAAAUCCACUGCGAAAGCUGCCAGAAGCCUUCUAUCGAAGGAUUGAGCUCGUCGAGGCGGCUUACAAUAGUGGAUCUCUUAGCACAGAUGAUAUCCUGUACCUCGCCAACCUGGAGAUGGCAUCCAAGGACAAGGACAUCACCAAACUUCUGGCAAUCCCGCUCGAUCAGUACGACUGGCUGUCAGAGGCCCACUGCACAGACAUUCACCUUACUCUGAAUAGCCUCCCUGCGCCAGCCAGGAUCUCAGGCAGGGGUAUCCAUUUCGAACUCAUCAAGUACCGAAAGUUUCUCGGCAUCACGCAUGGUGGCGGACCGACAAGCCCUUUGAAGAAGGAAGGUAUCAUAGUCUCGGGGGCAAUGGACCUAUGCCGCCCUCGAGGUGCAAACAAAACAGUAUGGGAGGUCAAGUACACCGAGUCGCUCCAGCCAGAGCACCUCCUGCAGACGGCCUUGUACAUGCUGCUCUUGGGGGAGCCUGCGUCCGGAUUCUUGGUGUCAGCGCGAACGGGGCAGACAAUCCAAGUUCUUCCGAAGACAACACAGUCACUUAUGGAAAUUCUGCAACUCCUCGUCGAUGCAAAGUCUGGAGGGGAGCAGACGAGGUUAUUAAACACGUACUCGGAUGAUGAGUUCUUGGCUGAGUGCGGAAGUGAUUUUAAGGGGCUGGUGGGACAAUGUGCUCUGCCCAAGUGGUUUGCGAUGAAACCGUCGGGAUCAAAAUUCAUGAAGAAAAGCAGGAGGAAAAUUACUUGA